AUGUUAUAAUUGCCUAUUAUUAGUAGAACACCAGGAUAGAAUUUUAGUUUUAAUUAGUUUGCCUCAGCUCCAAAUUCUCCUGAUAGAAAUAAGCAAAGCACUAUAAAAGAUUAUAUAAAAUAUCGAUAAAGAAAUUUAAUUGAUUUUGUAAAAAGUAGAUAAUAGAGUCGAUAAAAUAGUCCUAAAAACCUUUUUAAAGUAGAUCUAAUUUAAUUUGCAAAAAAGAAAAAUGAUAGCAUGCCUAGUCCUAUAAUUGGGGAGAUUAAAUUUUUAUCAACUUAAAGAUCAAUAGGAGAUUCAAUAUAGAUAGUAAAUGAUUAGGGUAUGACAGAUGAAACAUUGUUUGAUGAAAUAAUUGAUUUAGAGAAUGCAAUAAAUUCGAAUGGAGUUGAUAAAAAAGUAAUGGGAUCACAGAAAUAAAUAAAUCAUUCAAUAAUGAAGAAAGAAGUAACUGAGGAUGGUUAAGUGAAAAUUAAUCAAUACACAAUACUACAGGAACUGGGUAAAGGAUCAUUUGGGAAAGUAAAAUUGGCUAAAGACAACAACAAUAAAAAAUAUGUAUAAAAUUAGGAGCUAUUAAUUUAAGGCAGUAAAAAUAUGCGAUAGAAAGAAGUUAAAAUUGAAGUUACUUUCUAGUAAACUUGAUGCUUAUUCAUUACUCGAUAAAGAAAUAGCAAUUAUGAAAAAAGUUGGUCAUGAAAAUAUAGUUUAACUCUAUGAAGUUAUUGAAAAUCCAAAUAAUGAUAAAUUAUAUUUGGUUUUGGAAUAUAUGGAUGGACCUUAACUCUUAUCGAUUAAAAAUAAAAGUAUUGAAAUUAUUUGGAAACUAUUUCGAGAUUUCAUGUUAGGACUAGAAUAUUGUAUUAUAUAUUUAUACUAAAUUAUAAGUGCAUAAUUUUGCCAAUAUAGCUCAUAUGGAUAUUAAACCUGAAAAUCUUCUAUUAAACUAAGAAUUAAGAUUGAAAAUUGCUGAUUUCGGAGUUUCCCAAAUUAUGGAUGAUGAUUUAGUCAAAACCAAAAUUGGGACAUCAGCCUAUUAACCACCAGAAGUAUUUACAGAAGAAUAAGUAAGAGGUAAACCAAUUGAUGUUUGGGCUGCUGGUUUAACUUUGUAUCAGUUAAUUUAUAAUGAACAUCCGUUUAUUUCAUAAAAAUAGGACCAAUUAAAGAAUAAUAUUCUUACAUAAAAUAUUAAAUGGAAAGAAACCUCAGACUUAACAGAUUUACUAAAGAGAAUGUUAGACAAAAAUCCUAAUAAUAGAAUAACAACUUAAUAAGUGUUAGUAUCUUUUAUUAAUUAUUACAGGAACAUCCAUGGGUCACUAAAUAUGGUAGAUUUCCUCUAAAAAAUGAAUAUUAAGGUAAUUUUAAUGUGACUGAGAAUGAUAUUCAUAAUGCUAUCACAAGAUUAUCCUUCAAUAUGGCUAUUAGAACUUUAAAUAAAUUGAAAUAGAAAUUAAGUUAAUCUCGCUAACGAUUAAGAUAAAGAAAGGCUUAAGAAUCAUAAUGA